AUGUCGUUCAUCAAUUUACACGAUAGGACACACCUGGCUGGCCCCACACCGAAAUACACCGGUGGCCAAACCGGAACCCCGAGAAGCAAAAGCAAAGCAAAGAAUGUUAACCUUCUGACCCAGCAGUUCAAGCUAGCCCACCAGAGGGUAAGUCUUGAUGUUGACCUCGUACAUCAGAAAAUCAAUGGAUUCACCGAACUAACGUUGGUCCCUACUAGCAAUACACUCCGAGCCAUUAAGCUUGAUGCUAGGGAGAUGAAUAUUAAAGAAGUAUACAUCAAUGGUACGAAGUUGGUCAACUUUAUCCACAAUGACUUGCUAUACAUCAAUGAUCCAGAAAAGUUUGACAAUUGUAUAGAUGCUGGCUCUGUUAACAUAUGGGAUGUAUUCUCUGAAAAAUUUACAAUCCAUCAGCACCAUCUACUAAGGCAAAAGCUCAAUUACAUAUUCGGAGAGUUCGAGGAUGACCAGUUUGAUCCUAUGGGCUCACUUGACCUCGGAAAUACGGAGGAGCUUAUAGUUGGCCUACCGGACAAUUUCAAAUUCCAAUCAGCAGACAGACAUUCGGCACAUACACCAGCGUCACUGAUACCGACAGGCUUAACGCCUCUACAUCUGCGUAACAAGAACACACAAAGCGAUUCAUAUGCUCCUAUUCAGCUUGGUAUCGAAUACGAGGUGAAAAAUCCUAAUAACGGAGUCAAUUUUGCUUGUCUCGAAGAUGACAGAAAGCUUUGGCAUGCUUACACGGUAAAUUCUGAGUUCAAUAUUUCGACAUCUUCGUGGGUCCCAUGUAUCGACAAUCUAUGGGAGAAGGGUACGUGGUCCUUCGAGCUUACUGUCCCAAGAAGUACGAGGGAUAUUGGUGGCUUCGAUUCCCAAGAAAAUGGUGCACAAGAAGACGCCAUGGACAUUGAGAAAGAUUCUUCCACACAUAGAAGCAACGAAGAGAGUGACGAGGAGGAAGAUGAUUCCGAACACUACGAUCUUUUUGUCUGCACCGGUGAUUCAGCUAAUACAAAGGAGACGCCCCACCCGACCGAUGAAUCUAAAAAGAUUGUCUCCUGGUCAAUAUUCAAUCCAAUUUGCGCACAUCAUGUGGGAUGGGCUGUGGGACCUUUUGAGAGCGCCGAAUUGGCCAAUCUCUCAAGCAAUACACAGCAAGGUGCAGAUGAAGAUGGUUAUGAAGAAAUCGAGAAAGAAGAACUCGGUUCCGUUGUCACAUUAUAUUUUCUUCCUGGUCAGGAGGACCUUGCAAGGAACACCUGUAUUUUUAUUCAUGAAGCUUUGGACUUCUUCUCGUCGGAAUUUGGCUCCUACCCUUUCAGUACCUACGGCAUGGUCUUUGUCAAUGGCCCAUCUUAUCCUUAUAACAAUUUUGCUGGUCUCACUGUUUUGAGCGAUAGACUACUUUAUCCUCAAAACCUUAUAGAACCUAUGUUCACACUCACAGAAAAUAUUCUAGAGUGUAUCGCAGGACAGUGGUCAAGUAUCAAUAUUGUACCUCAAACAUUUAAUGACCUAUGGUGUACAAUUGGUAUUGCUCGCUUCAUGUCAUUCCAAUUCUUGAGAGAUUUGAUGGGUGUUAACGAAUUCAGGUACAACAUAAAACAGAAGAUGGAGAAUAUCGUCGAAACUGACGUCUCGAAACAACCUAUAUCUUUGCCUUUUAUUCGCUAUCCACUCUCGGAGGCAGAUCUUGAUUUCGUUCGUCUCAAAGCAUCUGUUGUGUUACUCAUUUUGGACAGACGUAUGACCAAAACAGAUAAGCUGUUUGGUUUGACCCGUGUGUUACCUAAGAUCUUCUUACAGGCCAUGUCAGGAGAUUUGCAGAAUGGCACAUUGUCCACUCAGCACUUUCAGAACGUAUGUGAAAAAGUCAACCGUAACAGGCUUGACAACUUUUUUAAACAGUGGGUAUUUGGCGUUGGUACUCCUGUCUUUAACAUAACCCAACGUUUCAACAAGAAAAGGUCGUUGAUUGAAGUUGUGAUUCGCCAAACUCAAAUUCAACAACAUCGCUCCAUCAGACCCAAACCAGAGACUUUCAUGGAAGAGUCAAUGAUGUAUCUACAUGAUCAAGAAUUGCCUUCCGCCCAGAACACAUUUCUUGGCCCUAUGACCAUUAGGGUGCACGAGGCAGAUGGUACUCCGUAUGAGCACAUUGUUGACAUCAAGGAUUCUCUUGUUAAAUUCGAUGUCCAGUACAAUACAAAAGCUAGACGACUGAGGAAGAACAAAGAAGAGAACGUCGAGACAAAUCCCGUCUUCUCCAAACUUGGUGACAUUCUACUUAAGGAGAAAGAUGUUAAGGAGUGGGAUUUUGAAGAAUGGCCUAAAAGAGAUGAGGACAUUGUUGAUCCCUAUGAAUGGAUUCGUGUUGAUACUGAUUCAGAAUGGAUCGCUCGCUUCAAUGUUAAACAACCGGACUACAUGUUUGGUUCCCAGUUGCAACAGGAUAGGGAUGUUGAGGCUCAAUGUGAAGCAGCUCGCUAUUUUGGAGAGCAAGAAAAGCCAACCAAGAUUUACUGUACCACGCUCACAAGGACACUAAUGGACCGGCGCUAUCAUCAUGGUGUGAGGAUUGCUGCGGCCCAAGCACUUGCUAACCUUUCUAAGAAAGCAAACUCCUAUUUCGGUUUACCAUAUUUGUUAAAAGCUUUCCGCAAACUCUUCUGCUUCGAAAAGAGUAACAUACCUAUCGGUAACUCAUUUGAAGUAUUUGGAAAGUAUUUCCUCCAGAAAGCUAUGCCUCAGAUUUUAGCUCAAAUUCGUGAUGACGAUGGAAACAGCUUAAGAGAAGUGAAGGAAAUACUCCUCAAUUUUGUCAAGUAUAAUGAUAAUUCUAACAAUGAAUUUCAAGACUGUUAUUACGUCAGCGAGUUAUUGAACGCCUUGACUGAGGCGGUUAUUCCAGUUAAUGAAAAAAGAAAGCUCAUUGAUUUUCAUCUUGAGAAAGAAGAGCGCUUAGGUUAUAAAUCUAACGAUGAGAAAUUUGUUACCGAAGUGAUAGAGGAGCUUGACAGAUUGAGGAAGAUUGAAGAAUGGGUUCCUUCUUAUCAGAAUAUGGUGUGUGCCAGCUGUAUCAGACAAAAAACGAGGCUUGCUAGAAACAACCUUUGCGAAUAUUCCUUUGAGGAGCUAGUGAAGUUUACUACGCCAAAUCAUGCCGAGGAGGUAAGGUUAGCAGCUUUUGAAGGAAUCCUUCUAUUAGGAGGACUAAAAGUGUGGGAGAUAUUACGCUAUUUCCUUUAUUCACUUUGCUUAAGCGACACCACAAGAUUCUUCAAAACCAGAAUGAUUGAUGCCCUACAAAACGCUGUUUGUGAGGCGGCAGUUCAUGGUAUUCCCUCAGUGAUAGAUGACCCCGAGUUUGAUUCGUUGAACAAGUUAUUUAACGCUAACAAGGGGCUUUCGAACCCAAAUAACAUGAUUGUGGUAGAGGAAUCCCAAAAUACAGAGGUAAGUUCAAGAAGGGAUGCACUCGCAAGAGCGUCCAUCGAAGGCACUGUCCUUCUUUUGAGAAGAGAUUACGGGAUUGGCCACGGUCUUAAAAAGGCUCUCUGGAGAUUGAUUCACUCCUCGUUGUUGGGUUUAAAGGAGCGCAGAGUACUCUUCGGGCUUUGUGAAAUCCUCUAUUUCGAAAAAGACACAUACCCAGUGGAUAUAUCAGUUCCAUUUGUUCCCCUUGAUGAAUUGAAAAAGAAAAUCGUGGCUAGAGAUUUGGGUGAUGGUUCGAUCGUUAUCAAACGUGAGGGUAGAUUCCGCAUUCAGCUUACGACGAAGGUACUGUUGACUGAUCCAAAGAAAGCAGAGAGACCGGAAAAACACCGGCCUUCUAUUGAUCGUGGAAUGCGCAGAUCCAAUUCUAAUCUUGACGGCCAUGCUCAAGCUUCGGAGCCCAAACUUAAACUCAAGCUUGGCCGCCUGGACAGUAAAGCUGAAAGUAAACCAGAGAAGAAGGUCGCAGAACCUAAUGUGGCACCCACUGUUACGAGAGAUGCGAAGAAUAACAUGAAGAUCAAGAUGAAGUUCCUGAGAAGAGGCCUUUCAGAAGUUACAACCUCCCGAAGAAGAAGAAAGAAUGUUUUGCUUAGUGAUUCAUAUGUCACUAUCAAGUUCUUCAAUCCCGCAAAUCUCGAUAAAUUCAGAUCACCCGGCGGGUUUGGACCAUCUAACACUGUUCAAGAUACUGUGGAGGAGAUCGAGCCACCAGUUAGCAAGCCUAUUCCAAGGUAUGUGAAGAUCAGUGCGGGUAAAGUAACUGUUUCCGAGACUCCUUUUGAAGACAAAGCUGUGAGCAAGCCGGCUGACAAUGGUCACCAAAAUGGGCAUCCUGGUGAUGCCGAGGACGCCAAGGACCCUGAAAAGGCCAAUCAGGGUAAUACUGAACUUGAAAAGUCAAAGAAGGAGCCUAGCAAACAGAAGAGUCCUACACCAGUCAGUGUACCAGCAGAACAACCAGGGCGUCUAUCGAAGGAGGGACUGGCUGAGCCCCGGGAGCAUAUUUCCAGGACUGCCAGUCCAGUUAGUGCAGACCAUCCACAAGGCCCCAAGAAGAAGAAAACCAAAAUUUACAUCCACAAUGGCAGCAGAAGUCACAGCCGCAGUGGCUCUUCUUCUACAUCUGUGGAGCCAGAGGUAAAGAAAGAAGCCAGUGAAAGCAUCGCCGAAACCACCAACAAAGAAGACGAUAAAAAAGAAGAGGAGGCGAAACCUAAACCAAAACUUUCCUUAAAAUUGUCCCUCAAACAACAUAUUCUUUAUCCGGCUAAUAUGUCGUUCAAUAACCCGCUAGGCUUCAAUGUGUCCAAGGCAAUCCCCACCACCUCCACCACUAACACCAACACAACCUCCACGGUCACAUCCCAAACUGCGUCCCCAUCCCCCUCCAAGUACAGUGAAUAUGACCAGCAACCUAGCUUGAGCAAGUCCAAUUGGAAGGAUCUUCAGGAAUCUAUGAGGCCACCCACCUCUUCAUCAAGUUCGUCCCCUAAAGUUCUACAACCGGCCACGACUACCGGACUCAGUGAUGUCACUCCAACAACUGUUAGUGUGGCAGAGGGCGCUAAUGGAUCAAGGGAGAAGACUGAUUUGAUCGGACUCUUUGAUAAGUUCGAUGUCAACAAGGCUAACGAAGAAGAACAAAGCAAAGAUGACGAUGAGGUCGAGAUUGAUUCGUUGGAGGAGAAGAUGAAGCAAUUCAAACCUAAGGCCAGACAGGGAUCUAACAAGUCGACAUUGACUGAUCAGCUCGAGGAGAAGGAGCAUUUAAAACCAUUGGAAGAAAAUACGGAAGCUUCGCAAGGAGAACAAACUGAAACCAUUGAGGAGACAACUACAGAGGAACCCAAUCAGCCAGAAGCUAAUGAUUCACUUAAAGAACCUGAAAGUGUCCCACAGGCAGAAGCAACGGAACCUCAAAGCGACGAUCAGUCUGCUCUAGGGGCAGAUAAAAAUGAGCCAACUAACGUCCAUGCGAAGGAAACGUCUCUCGAUGAAACCAAUGAUGCAUCCAAAGGGGAUGAGACAAUAGAGAGCCCUACUGGAACAUCGUUAGAUGAGUCGAAAGACACAGAAGAAGAAGAUGUCCUCAAGGGAACCCAACUGGAGACUGUUGAGGACUACCAGUUGAAGGAGGACGAGAUUCCUAAUGAUGUUUCGAAUAACGUUCCUCGUCGCCCAAGAAAUAAGAGAAACAACUCAAUCCAGAGAACAUUUGACACGAUCAACCCUCAAGAACAGUAUCAAAAAUCACACAGACCUUUUGACUUCCAGACAUUCCUUUCUCAUGUGAAGAAGAAGUCAGCGGACCCCAUUGUUCGUUACAUCAGAUCGUUCUUGAUAUCCUUCACCAGACAGGCGCCUACUAUGACAACAGCGCAAAGGAUAAAGGCAGUUCGCCAGUUCAAGCAGUUUAUUAAGGGAAAGUUCGAGGAGUUUGAGCCAUUUGCAAGCAUGGAUGCCACCGACAUUGAAAAUUCGAACGAGGGUAUUGAAAAGCUUAUUAUGAAUCGUUUGUACGAGUAUUGUUUCUCGCCAGAAGUUUUCAAGAAGCAUGGUCACCAAACUCAAGAAUCAUUCUUGCAGGAUCUCAGAGAGGACUUGAAGUUUACCAGCAAUUUGGACAAAUUCUCCUGGGUCCUGGGGACUCAUCUUGAUGUUGACCUCGAUGAAAUCGCCCAAAGAAAGAAAGAGACGUCCCAUGACAGCAUGAAUUACCUCGACCAUGCUAUCACGGAGCUUAACAAAAUUAACAAUUACAGAGCACCAAGAGACAAAAUAAUAUGCAUCCUCAACUCAUGCAAAAUCAUAUUCAGUUUACUUCGUGUCAGCAAGCAGGAAACGAAUGCUGAUGCUUUUAUCCCGUUGCUCAUAUUGGUCAUUAUUCGUGCCAAGACACCUAAUAUCAUUAGCAAUAUUCAUUACAUCGAGAGGUUUAGAGGAGAAGAGUGGCUCAUGCAUGGAGAGACGAGUUAUUACCUUUCGUCUGUUCAAGGAGCAAUCUCAUUUAUUCAAAACAUUACAAAAGACGAUCUUACCGUACCAGACGAAGAGUUCGAAGCCAAUAUUGAAGCAUGGGAAGCCGACGUCAAACAAAGACCACCUGAACUUGUCAUUCCCGAACCCCAACCUGCGGGCGCCCCUUCAAACGCUCCAGUGGCACGUACAAACUUGUCACCAUCGAGUGUAUUGAUAGCAAGUGCCGAAAAUUUCAAGAACUCCAUCACCAGUUACUUGUCAUCGCCACCGCCUCAGCAACAGUCGGAAGAGGAGGAGCAGAACCAGCCUGAACCGAGAGAAGAGCGUGCCCGUGGUCCAUCAACCGAAGAUAUCGAUGCAGCAUUCGCUCAACUCACUGAAAUGUUUCCUUCUCUUGACAAAGCGAUUUUGAGAGACUUGGUGGUCAUGAACGAAGCAAACGUUGAAAAGACAUUAGAUGUUUGUCUACAGUUGGUGAAUGAAAGUUAA